UUACUUUUCUUCACUUUCCCUUUAACAGAUUUUACACUGAGCUGUGUGCAACUCUCUCUCUCUCUCUCCUUCUCCUAAAGGUUCCUAUUUCAGUUCUUCUGGGUUCUUCGACAUCACUCAGUUUUUUCUAUUUUCGGGAAUUAUAAAAAAAAAAAAAGAAGGAUACAUAUGGGUGUUCUUGAUCAUGUCUCUGAAAUGUUUGAUUGCUCUCAUGGACACAAGAUUAAAAAGCGGAGACAGUUGCAGACGGUAGAGAUAAAAGUGAAGAUGGACUGCGAAGGGUGCGAGCGCAAAGUGCGGCGGUCGGUGGAAGGAAUGAAGGGUGUGUCUUCUGUCUCUUUGGAGCCCAAAGCCCACAAAGUCACUGUUGUGGGCUACGUCGACCCAAACAAGGUUGUGGCUCGAAUGGCUCACAGGACUGGCAAGAAGGUCGAGCUCUGGCCCUAUGUGCCCUACGACGUGGUGGCUCAUCCUUACGCUGCCGGUGUCUACGACAAGAAGGCACCCUCGGGUUAUGUGCGCAGAGCCGAUGACCCUGGAGUGUCUCAGCUUGCUCGUGCCAGCUCCACCGAGGUCCGCUACACUACUGCUUUUAGCGAUGAGAAUCCAGCGGCUUGUGUUGUCAUGUGAUGUUUUGUCAUAUACUGUAGACCGUUUCAACUUUUCCAUUACUGCUGGUGCGACGUGUGCUGUUUUUUUUUUUUUUUUUUUGGUAAAAAAGUGUGUUGUUUCUUGUUUCGUUGUAUAUUAAUACCAUAUGGUAGCUAGGCUUCUUGUUUAUUUGGUUUUAGUUCCUUGGUCUCUGUACUCUUAUGAUCGAUUGUAAUAUUUUCUUCUUUUAUUC